ACAUUAGCAGUCAGUAUCAAUGUAACUGUGAAAUUAUUAGUGUUGUCCAACACUUUUAUUACAGUAUGGAACGAAAUGAGUUAACCUUAAGUUUCCAUAACCUUAUAAAGAGAGAUGAAGAACAAUACAGUUACACAAACUACGGCAUGGAGACCCCCACGCCUACAACCCCUGGUGACUGUCUGCCCGGAAUCUUCCAACAGCUUGACUCUCUGGCCGGUGUUGACUCGGACUUUGAUGAGAGCCUCGCAGUACCUGAAUCUCUCUCAGUUAUAGAUGUCAAUAAAAUUGAUAAUAAAGAGGAGACGGAUGCUAAUGAACCUCAAUCAUUCGUGCCUUUCAGAGCCAUACACAACCCACCGAUCAAAUUUAAUUCUGUGCACAGGAAAGUGUUCAUACCGGGCGUUGAAAUAAAGGUCAGAUUCAUUGAAAACGAAAGAAGUGUUACAACCCAUCUUCUUAAUCCUAACUUACGAGCUAGUUUCAAAAACACGGUGAAUACGGAGGAAAAAGCGGAAAAAAUAGCACUCGAUGCUGUAGCGAGCAGUUCUAAGAAAAGGGAGCCACGGCUACGAAAGAGAAAGGGUGCGUUGCCUAGGUUUCCGAAGAAACCCGAGGUGAUGGUAACAUACGAAGGCAUCCAGUUAAGAAUGAAGCAAUUGGAAGAAUAUUUAUAUAAUUUACUCAAUAUAUCUAUAUAUAGAAAUCAUCAUGAAACGGUAAAGUUCCUGGAGGUGUCAAACCUGUCAUUCGUGUCAGAGCUGGGAGUGAAGGGCAAGGAGGGCAUGAUCCAGAAGCGCACCGGCUCCACCAAGCCGGGCCAGGCCGGCUGCAACUGCUUCGGCCUGCUCGGCACCAUGGUGUGUGUUAGAUGUACAUACUGCUGCACUGGCCUGGUGUGCGGCAAGUGGCAAGAACGCUGGCUUUUUGUAAAGGACACCUUCUUCGGGUACAUUCGUCCAACCGACGGCGCCGUUAAAGCGGUCAUGCUCUUCGAUCAGGGUUUUGAAGUAUCCAGUGGGAUGUACUCGACUGGACUGAACCACGGUCUACAAAUAUUAAACCAGAGUCGACAGAUGGUCAUCAAAUGCUGGACUAAACGUAAGAGCAAGGAAUGGAUGGCCUACCUCAAGACUGUCGCCAAUCAAUCCGCUCGUGACUUCACGUAUCCGAAUGUACACCAUUCAUUCGCGCCGCCGCGCCCGGCGACGCCAGUCGGCGUGCUGGUGGACGGCGCGGCGUACCUGUGCGCGGUCGCGGAUGCUAUGGAACUCGCGACUGAAGAAAUCUUCAUCGCAGACUGGUGGCUCAGCCCAGAAAUAUAUAUGAAACGGCCCGCACUUAAUGGCAAUUAUUGGCGACUGGAUUGUAUACUAAAGAGGAAAGCGGCGCAAGGAGUUAAAGUAUUUGUGAUGCUGUAUAAAGAAGUAGAAAUGGCGCUCGGUAUCAAUAGUUACUAUAGCAAAGGAGUACUUACUAGGAAAAGUGAAAAUAUUAAGGUUAUCCGUCACCCAGAUCAUGCACGCGUGGGUGUAUUGUUGUGGGCGCAUCACGAGAAGAUCGUGUGCGUGGAUCAGAGCGUCGCCUUCCUAGGCGGCAUCGACCUCUGCUACGGCCGCUGGGACGACCACAAGCACAGACUGACAGAUCUGGGCAACAUAGCGCAGCCUGUCUCCUCCAUUCGCACCAAAAAGAAGACCUCAAGCUCUCCGGGAGGCGGCCUAUGCCUGCCCACCUCAAACGGUUUGGAGGCCGCGAUAGAACUAGCCAGAAGCUCAAAAAAUAUCGUCAUGGGAAUCACUGAGCCUAUGCAAGAAAUUAUAAUAGAAACAAAGGAUGACAAAAAAGCGGAAGGAGAUUCAGAAACUAAGGAAGAGAAACUGCCCGUGUUAGAACCUGGAGAUCAACUCUUAAUAGCUUCUGCAAAAAUAACUGAUCCACAAACAGAUUCACCUGAUCAGAAAAAAAACGUAUUAAAUAAAAUAACAGAUAGAGGAAAAGAUAUAUUCAGUGUUAUUUAUCCUCCAUUCGAAGAAGAGAGAAAUGAACAAAGAUUCGAUGAUUCUGAACGAAAGAAAGCAGAGAAAUAUGCGCUAUCUAAUGAUCAAGUUUUAUUAACAGAUGCGUUAGGAAUAAAACAUAAAUCAGUAAUUCAGCCGACCCCUUUAGCGCAGGUGGUUGAAGGCAGAGUCAUCACUGAGAGUACUAAAGAGGCUUUAGAAGGAAUCGAGGGUAAUUCUAAAUUAUGGAUAGGAAAGGAUUAUGUGAACUUUAUAGUUAAAGACUUCAAUAAUUUAGAUCUACCGUUUGUGGACCUUGUUGACCGCAACACUACACCGCGUAUGCCGUGGCACGAUGUAGGCGUGGUUGUACAACAAGCGGCCGCCCGCGACGUCGCUCGACACUUUAUACAACGUUGGAAUGCGGUCAAAUUAGAGAAAUACAGACAAAACUUUAAUUACCCAUAUUUGUUACCGAAGACAUACAGCGAAAUAAAACCGUUGCAAGGUUUGAAGGAAUUGCUUAAUAUUGAUAUUAACAACGCGUCUUGUCAAGUGCUGCGCAGCGCGAGCAGCUGGUCGUGCGCCUUCCAGGAGCCCGGAACGGUGGAGCAGAGCGUGCACGAGGCCUACGUGGACACCAUAACGCGCGCGCAGCACUACCUCUACAUCGAGAACCAGUUCUUCAUCACGCUCUGCAGGACCAACCUCAAUGUUAGGAAUCAGAUAGGCGAGGCGCUGUUCAACCGCAUCAUGCGCGCGGUGCGCAGCGGCGAGACGUUCCGCGUGUUCGUGGUGCUGCCGCUGCUGCCGGGCUUCGAGGGCGAGGUGGGCGCGCCCUCCGGCACCUCGCUGCACGCCGUCACCCACUGGAACUACCAGAGCAUCUGCAGAAGUCGCGAAGCUAUUUUGAGCCGUCUGUACGAGGCGGGUGUGUCGGACCCCUCGCAGUACAUUACGUUCCACGGUCUGCGCACGCACGCGGUGCGGGGCGGCGAGCCGCUCACCGAGCUCGUGUAUAGAGCUUGUCCCAACACUGGCUGA